CUUCCCUCAAAUUUCAGUUAACACUUUCGAAGACAAUCACUUAAUAUUAAAAUUAAAUUGAAACAAUCACGAACUCCAAUUCCGGGAUCCAUAUUUCGAGGUGGGAGAGCUUGACGUUAUCUAGAUCAGUGAAUCGAUAUCUGUUUGAUAUUGAGCUAGAAGGUGUAGGUUUGUGUACAUUAUCACAUCUGUCAUCGUAAGCAAUACUCGUCAUUUUUUUAUUGGUGGAAAAGUAACGUUUCUGCCUUAAUUCCUGUCAACGUUUUUAUAGUUAAAAAAAUAUAUAUUCUCCCUUCCUCCGCUCCCUGUGUAUUAUGAGGUAUUACUAAGUCCAAUAUAUUACAAUGGAGGAAGAAGCCCAAGAGUCCGGAGAAAUCUCUGGAAAAGACUCGGAGAGGGAGGUGGUUGUUCCCGGAGGCGCAGAUAUAAGUGAAAGCGGAAGAGAGUUGCCCUCCGAGCAUAUCGCAACUGAUGAUGGGGCUGAGCUGGAAAAUGAUCAGGUUGUACAAGGAUUAAUUUCUAUGAGUACAGUCACAGCUGCGGAAGAUUGGGGCAGAACAGGGGACGAAGAGGAUCAGUUUGAGCCAGUGUCUUUGAAAGACCAAGAGAGGAAUGUGCUGGAUUCUUUGAGUAAUGUGGAUUCAGUUCGAUCUUCUAAUUCAGAUUAUGUGAGCCAGUCAUCUGCAAACGAAGCAGCCUCGGAAUCUUAUACUGGAAAAGCAGGGGCAUUGGACACUUAUCUAGCUACUAUUGACAUGCAAGAUCAACCUAGUUGGAGUCCUACCUCACAGAGAAUAGAUGGGCAUAGCCUCAAGCAAUCCUCGUCUGCAGCUAGUUUCGAUUCAUCCUCUGGUUUCUAUGGAGAAACUGGGUAUUCUUCGCCUGUUGCAUCACCCACAAAACCUCGGUCCAAACCUGUUAUGCCAAAUGUGUCCCCAGAACUCUUGCAUCUUGUGGAUUCUGCUAUCAUGGGGAAACCUGAAAGCUUAGAAAAACUGAAGGCUGUUGUGUGUGGUAAGGAGAUUUUUGGGAAGGGAGAGGAAAUUGAUUGCAUUGCCGUUUUGGUAGUAGACUCCCUUAUUGCCACCAUGGGUGGUGUAGAAUGUUUUGAUGAUAAUGAAGACAACAACCCUCCUAGUGUGAUGUUGAAUUCCAGGGCUGCCAUUGUAGCAGGGGAGCUGAUUCCUUGGCUUCCUUGGGAAGGUGACUUUGCAGAUUUUAUGUCACCUAGGACACGUAUGGUUAAAGGAUUGCUUGCAAUACUUAAGGCUUGCACGAGAAACAGAGCAAUGUGCUCUGUGGCUGGUCUAUUAAGAGUUCUUUUGAACUCAGCAGAGAAGAUAUUUGUUAUGGAAGUUGGUUCGGCAGAGCAGAUACCAUGGGAUGGUACACCAUUAUGCCACUGCAUCCAAUACUUAGCUGGACAUUCGCUAAAUGUAAUCGAUCUACACAGGUGGCUUGAUGUAAUCACAAGAACACUUUCCACAGUUUGGGCAGCUCGUUUGAUGCUUGCAUUGGAAAAGGCCAUGGGUGGAAAGGAGACGAGGGGUCCAGCAUGCACGUUUGAGUUUGAUGGUGAAAGUUCUGGUUUACUUGGUCCAGGAGAGAGCCGUUGGCCAUUCACCAAUGGUUAUGCAUUUGCAACAUGGAUCUAUAUAGAAUCAUUUGCAGAUACUUUAAAUACAGCAACAGCUGCUGCUGCAAUCGCUGCUGCUGCUGCAGCUACAUCUGGCAAAUCUUCGGCUGUGUCAGCUGCAGCUGCUGCAAGUGCACUUGCUGGCGAAGGUACUGCACACAUGCCAAGGUUGUUCAGUUUCUUAUCUGCUGAUAAUCAAGGGAUGGAGGCAUAUUUUCAUGCGCAGUUUUUGGUAGUUGAAAGUGGUAGUGGCAAGGGAAAGAAAGCUUCCCUGCAUUUCACUCAUGCAUUCAAGCCGCAGUGCUGGUAUUUUAUUGGUCUGGAGCAUACAUGCAGGCAGGGGCUACUUGGAAAAGCAGAGAGUGAGCUUAGAUUGUAUAUUGAUGGCACUUUGUAUGAGAGUCGUCCAUUUGAGUUCCCACGGAUUUCCAGGCCUCUUGCAUUUUGCUGCAUUGGGACAAAUCCGCCUCCAACAAUGGCUGGCUUGCAACGUCGUCGUCGUCAAUGUCCGCUAUUUGCUGAGAUGGGUCCUAUUUAUAUUUUUAAGGAUGCAAUUGGCCCAGAGAAAAUGUCACGUUUGGCUUCUAGGGGAGGCGAUGUGCUGCCUUCUUUUGGUACUGGGGCAGGGUUGCCAUGGCUUGCAACCAAUGACCAUGUGAGGAGUUUGGCUGAGGAAAGUGCACUUUUAGAUGCAGAAAUUGGAGGAAGCUUGCACCUUCUCUAUCACCCAAGUUUGCUCAGUGGACGUUUCUGCCCAGAUGCUUCCCCUUCUGGUGCUGCAGGGACACACCGAAAGCCUGCAGAGGUUCUUGGGCUGGUUCAUGUUGCUACACGAAUGCGUCCUGUGGAAUCUUUGUGGGCCAUGGCCUAUGGUGGACCCAUGUCUUUACUUCCACUCACAGUAGGUUAUGUUCAAAAGGAUACCUUGGAACCGCAACAUGGGAAUUUUCAGUUGUCUUUAGCUACAGUUUCUCUUGCUGCUCCAAUUUUCAGAAUUAUUACUAUGGCUAUUAAACAUCCUGGAAAUAACGAAGAGCUAUGUUGGACAAGGGGGCCUGAGGUUUUGUCGAGAAUAUUAAAAUAUUUGCUGCAAACGUUGUCUUCUUUGGAUCUUGGAAAGCAAAAUGGAGUUAGAGACGAGGAACUUGUGGCAGCAAUUGUCUCUCUAUGUCAAUCUCAGAAAAACAAUUAUUCAUUCAAGGUGCUGUUUUUUCGCACUUUGCUGUUGGAUCUGAAAAUGUGGAGCUUAUGCAACUAUGGAUUACAGAAGAAGCUCCUAUCAUCACUUGCAGACAUGGUUUUCACUGAAUCAUCAGCAAUGCGAGAUGCUAAUGCCAUCCAGAUGCUUCUUGAUGGAUGCCGUAGAUGCUAUUGGAUCAUUCGUGAAAAGGAUUCGGUUAAUACUUUUUCACUGAAUGAGGCUCAACGUCCUGUUGGCGAAGUGAAUGCUUUGGUUGAUGAACUCUUGGUGGUUAUUGAACUCCUAGUGGGAGCAGCACCUCCAUCAUUAGCUGCUCAAGAUGUCCAAUGUUUAAUAGGAUUUGUGGUUGAUUGUCCGCAAUCUAAUCAGGUUGCCAGGGUGUUGCACCUGAUCUACAGAUUGGUGGUACAGCCAAAUACAUCUAGAGCUCAGACAUUUGCUGACUCAUUUAUAUCUUGUGGAGGGGUAGAAACACUUCUUGUCCUGUUGCAAAGGGAAGCAAAAGCUGGUGACCGUUGUAUUUCAGAAAAUUCUAACAUUAAAGAUGAUGGUAAUUCGUUAGAUCAGGGUUCUGGACUUGAUACUGGUAGGGUACAAGAAAAAAGUCAGGAUGGCGAUCUGGUAUCUCUUGAGGAAAAGGAACCGGGUUAUGAGUCACAGUCCUCAAGUGGAGACAGUUCUGUUGUCGUCUGUGUGGGUAGAAACUUGGAAAGAAUGGCGUCUGCUACUGAAAAUCAAUUUGUGAAGAAUGUGGGUGGUAUAAGUUUUUCAAUAAGUGCUGAGAGUGCUAGGAAUAAUGUUUAUAACAUUGACAAUGGUGAUGGAAUUGUUGUCAGGAUCAUCAAUCUGUUGGGUGCACUGGUGUCAUCUGGGCAUCUGAAAUUUGGUUCACAUGAACCUCAAAAUAUUACUAGUUACAUUAUGGGUAAUGGGUUGCAUGAUAGAGGUGGUACUAUGUUUGAUGACAAAGUUGCUCUUCUACUCUUUGCUUUACAAAAGGCUUUUCAAGCGGCACCAGAUAGGCUAAUGACUAACAACAUGUGCAUGGCUUUAUUGGGUGCAUCGAUAAAUGCUUCUUCAACAGAUGAUGGGCUGAACCUUUAUGAUUCUGGUCAUCGUUUUGAGCAUCUUCAGCUUUUGUUGGUUCUUCUCCGUUCACUCCCAUACGCAUCUAGGGUAUUCCAAAUUCGGGCAUUACAGGAUCUUCUGUUUUUGGCUUGCAGUCAUCCAGAAAACAGAAGCAGUCUUACAAAAAUGGAAGAAUGGCCUGAGUGGAUCUUGGAGGUCCUUAUUUCCAAUUACGAGAUGGGUUCAACCAAUUGUUCAAGCGGUGCAAGCCUUGGUGACAUAGAGGACAUUGUGCAUAAUUUCCUCAUUAUCAUGUUAGAGCAUUCAAUGCGACAGAAGGAUGGAUGGAAGGAUAUUGAAGCUACGAUUCAUUGUGCAGAAUGGCUAUCUAUGGUUGGUGGAUCUAGCACAGGAGACCAACGUACCAGACGUGAAGAAUCAUUGCCCAUAUUCAAGAGAAGACUCUUGGGUGGCUUGUUGGAUUUUGCUGCUAGGGAACUUCGGGUUCAGACUCAAGUUAUAGCAGCAGCAGCUGCUGGUGUUGCCGCUGAGGGUUUGUCUCCAAAAGAUGCUAAAGCAGAAGCAGAGACUGCAGCUCAGCUUUCUGUGGCUUUGGCAGAGAAUGCAAUAGUUAUUCUUAUGCUUGUUGAAGAUCAUUUGCGGUUGCAAAGCCAGCUAUUCAUUUCUUCGUGCUCUAUUGAUACUCCUGGAUCGCCUAGUUCAUCAGCUUCGACCAUUGGUAGCCGCCCAAAUUCAUUAGCCAGAACAGCUGGAGAAUCAUCUGAAGCUCAAGGCACUCGAAAAUCCUUAACUAGUGACUCUGGUGGACUCUCUCUUGAUGUUCUUGCUUCUAUGGCUGAUGCAAAUGGUCAAAUUUCUGCAGCAGUGAUGGAACGUCUCACUGCUGCUGCAGCGGCAGAACCAUAUGAAUCUGUUCGAUGUGCUUUUGUGUCAUAUGGGAGCUGCACCUUGGAUCUAGCUGAAGGUUGGAAGUAUAGGAGCCGCUUGUGGUAUGGGGUUGGCCUUUCCUCCAAAACCACUGUCUUUUGUGGUGGUGGCUGUGGUUGGGAAUCUUGGAGUGCUGCCUUGGAAAAGGAUGCUAAUGGUAAUUGGAUUGAGCUUCCUCUUGUAAAGAAGUCAGUUACAAUGCUCCAAGCAUUGCUGUUAGAUGAAUCUGGACUUGGAGGAGGUCUUGGUAUUGGGGGAGGAUCUGGCACUGGAAUGGGAGGAAUGACAGCCCUUUACCAGUUGUUGGACAGUGAUCAGCCAUUCUUAUGCAUGCUCCGGAUGGUACUUGUUUCAAUGAGGGAGGAAGAUAAUGGGGACGAUGGUAUGCUUAUGAGAAACGUAAGCAUCAGGGAUGACAUAUCAGAAGGUUUAAAUUGGCAAGCAGGCAAUGUAGCACCAUCAGAUAACAAUAGUCGUCUGCCAACGAGGAAACCAAGAUCAGCAUUAUUAUGGAGUGUGCUUUCACCUAUCCUAAACAUGCCAAUUUCUGAGUCUCGGAGACAGAGGGUAUUGGUUGCAUCUUGUGUUCUUUAUUCUGAGGUGUGGCAUGCAGUUAGCAAGGACAAGAAACCUCUACGUAAACAGUACAUGGAGGCCAUUUUACCACCAUUUGUUGCCAUUCUGAGGCGAUGGCGCCCACUUUUGGCAGGAAUUCAUGAGCUUACUUCUCCUGAUGGUGUAAAUCCCCUCAUUGUUGAUGAUCGUGCUUUGGCAGCUGAUGCAUUACCUGUUGAGGCUGCUCUGGCCAUGAUAUCCCCAGGCUGGGCUGCUGCAUUUGCAUCACCUCCUGCUGCAAUGGCAUUGGCAAUGAUUGCUGCUGGAGCCGCUGGUGGUGAAACUGUAACACCUGUAACAACUACACCGUUUAGGCGUGACACAUCAUUGCUUGAGCGUAAAACAGCUAGGCUUCACACAUUCUCAAGCUUUCAAAAACCUUUAGAGACACCUACAAAGACACCAGUUAUCCCAAAGGACAAGGCUGCUGCAAAGGCUGCUGCUUUGGCAGCUGCACGUGAUCUCGAGAGGAAUGCAAAAAUUGGUUCCGGAAGGGGUUUGAGUGCUGUAGCAAUGGCCACAUCUGCACAACGGAGGAGUGCAAGUGAUAUGGGGCGUGUGAAGAGGUGGAAUAUCUCUGAAGCCAUGGGGACUGCCUGGAUGGAAUGCUUGGAGUCAGUUGAUACAAAAUCAGUUUCAGGGAAAGAUUUCAAUGCUCUAUGCUAUAAAUAUGUUGCAGUCCUCGUUACAAGUUUUGCUUUGGCAAGAACCAUGCAACGGUCAGAGAUUGACAGGCGUGCACAAGUUGAUGUAAUAGAUCGCCAUCGUAUGUCCACUGGAGCUCGUGCUUGGCGCAAACUGAUACAUUACUUGAUUGAGAUGAAAGGUCUUUUUGGACCUUUGAGAGAGGAUCUAUGUAAUCCAGAGCGUGAAUUCUGGAAAUUAGACUUUAUGGAAAGUUCUUCUAGGAUGAGAAUAUGUUUGAGAAGGAACUACAUAGGGUCUGAUCAUUUGGGUGCGGCUGCUAACUAUGAAGACAAUCUCCAACUGAAACAUGAUCAAGAGAAUGCAAUAUCUCCUUCUGCUACUUCUAUAUUGGUAACGGAAGCAAUUUCAAUGGAGAUAAACGAGGAUGAUGAACACACAGACAUUGAUAAUUUGGAGGAUAGAACACAUGCUAGGGAACAGGAUAGGGACAAUCGGCAGAAUCUGUCUUCAACAUCUGAGCAGCCUGUGCAGGUUGCACUGGAAUCUGGUGAUGCUCAAAUUGCUAGUGACCGAGAUUUGGUCCAAAAUACGUCAGAUGUUGCACCUGGGUAUGUUCCUAGUGAACUUGACGAAAGAAUUAUUCUCGAACUUUCUUCGUCGAUGGUACGACUGUUGAGAGUAAUAAGAGGAACCUUCCAAGUAACAACAAAAAGGAUAAAUUUCAUAGUGGAUGAUCAUGUUGAUGACAGUACUGUGGAGGAUGGUUUGGGUCCCAGUUCCAAGAGUAAGUAUAAUGAAAAGGAUUGGAGCUGGUUGAUGUCUUCUCUUCAUCAAAUUUUUAGCAGAAGAUAUCUUUUGAGAAGAAGUGCACUGGAAUUAUUUAUGGUUGACCGAACAAACUUCUUCUUUGAUUUUGGGAGUACUGAGGGGCGGAAGAAUGCUUAUCGAGCUAUUGUUCAAGCACGGCCUCCUUAUUUGAACAAUAUUUAUCUGGCAACACAGAGGCCGGAACAACUUCUUAAAAGAACUCAGCUUAUGGAGCGUUGGGCUAGGUGGGAGAUUAGCAAUUUUGAAUAUCUAAUGCAACUCAACACACUGGCUGGGAGAAGCUAUAAUGACAUCACUCAGUAUCCUGUUUUUCCAUGGAUUCUUGCUGAUUACACAUCCAAGACUUUGGAUCUCUCAGAUUCUUCUUCAUUCCGAGACCUUUCAAAGCCCAUUGGUGCAUUAAAUGCUGACCGGUUAAAAAAAUUUCAAGAGAGAUACUCCAGCUUUGAUGAUCCAGUUAUCCCCAAGUUCCAUUAUGGUUCACAUUACUCAAGUGCUGGAACAGUGUUGCAUUAUCUUGUCAGAGUUGAGCCAUUUACUACUCUCUCAAUUCAGCUUCAAGGUGGAAAAUUUGAUCAUGCAGACAGAAUGUUUUCUGAUAUAGCGGCUACUUGGAAUAGUGUUCUUGAGGACAUGAGUGAUGUCAAGGAGUUGGUUCCAGAGUUGUUUUACCUCCCUGAGGCUCUGAUCAAUGUAAACUCCAUUGAUUUUGGUACAACACAACUGGGAGGAAAGCUAGAUUCUGUCCGACUUCCUCCUUGGGCCAAAACCCCUGUUGAUUUCAUUCAUAAGCACCGGAUGGCUCUUGAGAGUGAAUAUGUGUCUGCAAAUUUGCAUGAAUGGAUUGACCUGAUAUUUGGAUAUAAGCAACGAGGUAAAGAAGCUAUAUUGGCGAAUAAUGUGUUCUUCUACAUAACCUAUGAAGGGACAGUUGAUAUUGAUAAAAUUACAGACCCAGUACAACAGCGUGCUACACAAGACCAGAUUGCAUACUUUGGCCAAACUCCAUCCCAGCUUCUGUCUGUACCUCACUUGAAGAAGAAGCCUCUUGCUGAAGUUCUUCACUUGCAGACCAUCUUUCGGAACCCAAGAGAGGUCAGAUCGUAUGUUGUUCCAAAUCCAGAACGGUGCAAUGUGCCUGCUGCUGCUAUACAGGCAUCAUCCGACUCUGUCAUUGUUGUUGAUUUAAAUGUUCCAGCUGCGCAUGUUGCCCUACACAAGUGGCAGCCAAACACUCCUGAUGGGCAGGGUACACCAUUUCUUUUUCAUCAUGGGAAAGCUGUUGCAAGCUCCAGUGGUGGAGCAUUUAUGCGCAUGUUCAAAGGGCCAGCUGGAUCUGGUUUUGAAGAAUGGCAGUUCCCCCAGGCGCAAGCAUUUGCAGCAUCAGAAAUCACAUCAGAAAUUAGAAGCUCAGCUCUUGUUUCCAUAACAUGUGACAAAGAAAUCAUCACUGGUGGGCAUGCGGACAACAGUAUCAAGUUGAUAUCAUCUGAUGGAGCAAGAACCAUCGAAACAGCCACAGGGCAUUGUGCUCCUGUCACAUGCCUUGCUCUGUCUGCUGAUGGCAACUGCCUUGUGACUGGAUCUCAAGAUACGACAGUGAUACUUUGGAGGGUGCAUCGGGCUUCUGCAUCGCAUACGAGCAAUAUUUCAGAGCCUACGAGGUCAUCUGGCUCACCCACUUCUUCUAGCAGUGGUAACCUAGCGAACAUCUUGGCAGACAGUAGCCGGAGGCGGCGUAUUGAAGGCCCAAUGCAUGUCCUCAGAGGUCAUCUUAGGGAAAUAAUUUGCUGCGGUAUCAAUGCUGAUCUGGGAAUAGUUGCUUCAUGCUCCAACUCUUCAGAUGUGCUGCUCCAUUCUAUAGGGAAGGGUCGGUUGAUCAGGAGGCUGGUGGGUGUGGAGGCACAUGCUCUCUGCCUUUCAUCUCAAGGUGUUAUAAUGACCUGGAACCAAUCAGAGCAUAGGAUCAGCACUUUCACUGUCAAUGGGAGUCCGAUUGCCACAGCACAACUGUCUGUCCCUGGCAGCAUCAGUUGCAUGGAAGUCUCAGUUGAUGGGGAACACGCGCUAAUUGGGAUUAAUUCAUGUUUGGAUAAUGAUGGGGCCUACAAUAUCAGCAAUGAUUUGGAAUCCAACGAGAAUGAGGCCGAAGAUAUUGACCAAGGAUCAAAUUGCAAGAUCCCUAACAACAGAUUGAUUGUUCCCGUGCCUUCAGUUUGUUUCCUGGAUCUGCAUUCACUGGAGGUAAUUCAUACAUUGAAGGUGGGAGAAGGACAGGAUAUUACUGCUAUGGCUCUAAACAUGGAUGACACAAACCUUUUAGUGUCAACAACAAAUAAACAGUUGAUAGUCUUCACUGAUCCAGCUUUGAGCGUGAAAGUGGUGGAUCAAAUGCUUAAGCUAGGUUGGGAAGGUGAUGGGCUCAGCCGUCUCAUAAAAUAAGGUUUCCACCCAUUGAAUUCCGAUUUGGGUGAAGAAGGAAUAUUAGAUCGCUCUGAAAAUAGGGUCCCUCUAAGCUACUGCAGCAGCACAUUCAGAACUUGAGCCAGAUGUAUAAAUUUGUUUGGCAGCUAAGCUACUGCUUCGAGGAAGAUGUAACAUAUGUAUGCAUCAAGUGGAUCGGCUAUAUAGCUUUGACAUAUAUGGCUUGUAAUUAGAGAAGGGUUGGUUGACCACUUGUUUUUUGACUAAAUUGAGGUGUAAGUUUGCUACGUUGUGAGAUGAUGUCUAGGCCUUUAGCUGUUCAUGGAAUGGAUAGUUUCUGUUGUACCUCACCAAUUUUCAAAAUUUUAAAUGAAAGUUACACUUUUUUUUCUU